AUGGAGAUGGUGGAGAGUUAUGAGGCGGGUAACAAAGAAACAGUAGAUAAGAAUAUUGAAAUAGGUAGUCUUGGUUUAGGUGGGGAAGAGUGUAACGGGUUAAAUUCACGAAACGAUGAUCAAUUCGGAUAUAAUAGUUUUGGUAACAAUUAUAUGCAAGGGACGGAGAUCGAUCAUAAUCAGGUUCAUAACAAGAAGGCAACUAAUACACAAUCGGGUAAUAAAUUAAAAAAAGAAAACCGGUAUUUAUCUCAUAGUCAAAUAGUUAAUUUGUAA